GUUGGCGCAUGGCUUUAUUUGGGAAAAAGCAGUCUCCAGACAACUCAUAUUUGUCAGUUUGUUCCAGUAACUGCGCCACCGUUGAAAGCCUGGACUGCCCAUGAUAAAAAUUCAUCACCAGGAAGUCCGUUACUCUCAGUGGAAUCCCGAAUCGUUUUGCCACCAGUGGAAUGGGCACGUGAAAACGAUUAUGAAUGGUGCGCGUACAGCUUUGAAUUUGGCCGAGUUGGCAUUUAUGCUCGCAGCAGGCUGUUCAAAAUGAAUUCGAACACACUGGAAAGAGAUGUAAUCUAUGAUGCAACACUCCAAAGAAUUCCACUAUCGAGUAGGCUGGGACGAUAUGUGGAAGAGUGCUGUGGAACAGUCUGGGUUGUACCUGCGCAGGUUCUCAUGAAAAGCGCUAAUCAGGACACUUUUGAAAAAAGAGUAUGGUUGAUUUUAAAUUACAUAAAAUUGGUACUUUUCCGAGGCCAUUGA